AUGAAAACGCCGAAUAAACUCGUAAUAGAGUCUACUGAUAAUGAGUUAGUCUAUAGCCUAACGUCAAAGGAGGCAUCAUCCUUUGGAUCUACUGAAAUCACUUCUCUUACUGACGUUGGUCUCGGGAACUCUUGUAUUCUUAACGGAGAGAUGUCCCAUAUCAAUCCUACUCUGUUGCCAGAAAUUGUAUCCGCGCCUAACUCAGCCACUACUGCCGCUCUGGAAACUGCUUCGACCUGCUUCACAUCUUUGGUAUCCUUGACACCUAAUGAAGGAGCACAUCAUUGUCCCAGUCCACUAUUUCCACUUCAAUCAGCUCUGCGUCCGAUCAACCAAUUCCGUGGCUACAACCGCUUAGAUCAUCACCUGUUGCCAGAUUCAUUCUCUCCUGUCCUGUCCGAGUUGACUCCAAUGAGCACCACUUCCCUUAUAAAGCCAGCUUUGCCAACACAAUUUGUGCCUGACGCAGAUAAUAAAAAUAACCUUAAGGUUUCAGAUUUUCGUUCUAAUUUCAUUCAAUAA